AUGCCUCGCAGCUGUUCUACCAUUGGCGUGGCAGUAUGGAUCGCUCUUGCUGUGCUCAGCAAUUUGGCACUUGGCCGGGUGAAUCUUUGGAAGGUACGAACCGACCCGCCUUAUAUGACUUUUGAGGAAGAGCGAGGCAAUUGGACGGUCACUUGCGAAACAGUAGUGGGCUACAAGGCCUUUUGGUCAGAGUACGCGUACCAUGCCAACGACAAGGCUACGUACUGCCUUUGCGGUCACUACUACACGAACGUUGAUUAUGGACAGCGAGUCAUCGACAUCUUGCAACCCAAGUUCCCUGAAUGGACUUUCAAUCGAGCUCCCAUAUCUGCCCCACUACCGAAGAAGGGUCCCAGACCAGGAAAAGCAUAG